AAUAAAUGUUUGAAACGCAGUAACAAAGGAAAACUAUAGAAACCAGCUUAAUGUUUCUGUGAAAAGAAUUUUGCACUAGAUGUAUAUCAUUUAACUUGGUUAAUCAUUAAAUUCAUCAUUAUAAUAAGUUUCGUACACAGAAUGCGCACUUCCAACUGGAAAUCUGAUCUUCUCAGCAGCGGUUGAUUAGUUUGGUAUUCUACUCUUAAAAAUUGCAGCAACAACUUGAAGGAUGUCCUAGAUAUCUCUCUGUCAGUAUAUACUGCCUUUCAAAUAUAUGGUGUUAUAGAAUAAUGGAGAAACUAAGCAAAGGACAAGUGUUGCUGCAAAAACUUGAAGAAGUAACACGACAUGCAGAUAUGAACAGUAAACAAGCUAUCAAAUCAGCAACAUUUGGGAUUGAACAAACAGUGGAAAUUCUGCAUGUCAGGAAAAAGAAACUUGAAGAUACCUGGGAAGAACGUAAAACUUUGUUAGAACAAUCAGUAAAAUCCAGUAUCCUGGAUGAACACAUUCACAAAUGUACUGUAUGGCUUCAGGCAGAAGGUGAACAUCUCCUGUCAUCAUCAUCAGGGUUAUACGGAAACUCUUCUACACAAACUGAAGAACUAGUAAAGAAACAUGCUGAUUUUUUUGCUUUGUACAAGGUCAAAACUGAAUCGGUUCAAAAAGUUGUUUGUGAUGGUCAAAAGCUUAUUCAUGCUGGACACUUUGACAGUGCAACAAUUAAAUAUAAAAUCGGCAAACUUGAUCAAUCAUAUAGACUGUUCACACAGCAAAUAGAGCUAAGAGAGAAUCUUUUAAACCAAACACUGGAUUUCUUCCAUUCUUCCACACAGGUCAUAACUGCUCUUGAAUCACUUACUGCAAAACUUCAAGGAAAACUUUCAGAUGCAGAAAAAUCAAAAGUUAGAUCAGAUGCAACAGAAGUUUCAUCACCGCUCCUACGGGAAGGUCAAAUUUUGGUAACAAAAACAAAAAACAAAGCUGUGGUUAACAUUAUAAAAGAUGCUAAAGACAGAUAUGAUGCUAUUCUUUCACUGACAGAUGAUCAACAAGUCUCCGAUGACAAAGAUAUCAUGGCUGUCAACAAGAACUUGGAGCAUGUGUCAAAUUGGUUGUCAAAUAUUUGCGAAGAGUUUAUUAAUAUCCAUAAAAAUAUGGGAACUACAAACAAUAUUGCUAGUGAAUUCCAAAAAGAUCAUGAGCAGUUGUUUGAAGAACUCAAUAAUAUUAGCAAAGAAAUAACUAAUUUGCGCUCCACUGUGUCACGAUUUUCACGUAAAAAGAAAAAACAAGUACCGGAAAUAACUGAAAAGCUUGAUGGAAUACAUUCGAAAUCUGUUACGAUUACCAGCCGCGUCAAGUAUAGAAUUGUGCUUGUCAAAAUGUUUAUAUCAUUUUUAGACCAUUCUGACGAAGUGUUAAGGCAGAUAUUUCUGUUGGAAGAAGAGUUAACAAGCGACGAACCUCAUGAAAAUAUUAAUGCCACAACCAAUACAUUGAAUCGUCAAAAACAAGAUAAAGAAGAAAUCAUCAACAGUGCUGAAAUUCUUCAAGAAGAAGGUCAACGUAUUCUUGAAGAUCUCAGUCUGUGUUCUGAGGAAAGCACGCUUGAUCGUAAUGCUAUAAAAUUGAAGGUCGGUAAAGACUUGAAAAACAUCGUUAUGCAUACAAUUCAACUUGAAGAAUUAUGGGAUCAACGAGAAACACAACUUGAUACCAACAAAAGAUUAAGCACUCAAUUUUUUGAGUUUGAGAAAGAAAUUAGAAAGGUUAUUGGUUGGAUCCACAAUCAGAGUGAAACUUUUUUUCCAUUGACUGGCGAGUUUCCUGGCCUUGCCGCUACACAUAAAGAUUUGGAUGAAAAACUCAUGCAAGUACGAAAUCUUGCCCAGUUGGCAAAUACAGAAAUUGAAAAUCACCUUGACACUGCAGAAUCUUUAGCAAAAUCAAGUCAAAAUGGUACAGAUUCAGCAAGAUUUGUCACAGCUGAAUUGAAACUGAUUCACCAGAAGUUUAAAACCAAAUUAAGCAAAUAUGAAGCCUUAUUAUCAAUGUGUUCCACGUUCUACACAAGUGUCGAAAAGCUUGUUACGUUGAUGAAUAAAUCUCUUCAUGAUUACACAUCAGACUUUUUACCACGAGAUACAUUAUACGUCCAGCAGAAGUUGAACGACCAUUUUGAAAGUUUUCGAUUUGUUGAAGAGUUAUUUGUUUACACAAUACAAAAUGCACAAGAUGUGUUAUUAUCGAUCAAAGAGUAUGAAGAGUUGGGCUUAAAAUCAACAAAGAUUGAAGAUUUGUUAAACACAAAUGAUAAGAAACCAGGUAUCUGGAAAGAAUUUUGGGAAGGGAAUGAAUUACGAUUGGAAGAAAAUCUUAAAAUUCUUCAGUUACUGCAAGACAUUAGUCAGAUCACAUUAAUUGUUGAGGAACAUACUAGAAAGCUGUUAAAGAUCAAUAAAAAAUUUGGAAACUCUCUGUUAUCUGCUGUGACACUCUGUCAAGAAUCCGACUCCUUUCAAGACCAAGUCAAGGCUACAGAACAACAAAUUGGACAGUUGCGUACAAAUGUCAGCAAACUGGUUCAAACAGGACACCCUGAUGGAAAGCAGUUAGAUACUAAGUUACAUUUAUUAGAAAAACGUUGGGUUAAACUUUUCAACCUAAUGGAAGAACACAAAGCAUUGUUAAACACAGCUGUUGAGUUUUAUCAACUCUGUGAGCAGGUUCAAACAUGGCUGAAGGACAGUAACCAGUUUGUGAAAACAACACGAGGUGGAGCUCGUAGAUGUACAACUGAAAAAGAUGUUCGUGAACUUAUUCAGCUGAUUGAAAAUUUCAAGUUCUCUGGAGUUGAAAUACAAGAAUCACGUUUACAAAGAUUAUCUGAGAUUGCUUCAUCCUUAAAUAACGACGAUGCAAAAGCUCGUUCUACACAACUUAAGAAAAGUCAAGAGAGAGUCAACACAAGGCUGGAAACUUUACAGAACGAUAUGGAACAUCAAAUAGCAAGAAUGCAAUCAGGAGAACAGGGUGAUAGUGAAGAGAUUGAAACUUUAUACUUUGAUGAUGAUCAUGAUACAAUAGAUGAUUUAGUGAUUCCUGAAAAAAGAGUUAUGUUGGCAACAGCUUCAGACAUGUCUUUAAAAGGUGACGAAGUAAUCCAGUGGAGUGAUCAGUUAGACCAAGAUGCUUCGGGGGCACCCAAACUGCUUGUGACUGUUACUAGUAACACGGAAGUUCCCACAGAUAUGCAGCAACGAAUAUCGCCACUGGUUCGCAGUGAAAUGGACAGUAUGAGUAAAAAGGGAAUAAAUGUUGGUUCCCCAUUCAAAUCACGCUCCGAAAAUAAUAACAAUUUGUCGCUUUAUUCUUCUGAUAUCCCAACACAAAUUAAGAAAACAGAAGAUGGCAGUAUAUCAAUUCUUGGUCCUCAAAUUUACAGAGAGAUAUCAGUCAAAACUGAUUAUGACAUUGAAACAAGUCCACCAUCACCGUCAUUAGAUGAUAAAGGUCUGAUGUACACUAUGAAGAAAACCUUAAUAACAACAACAAAAGAAGUGACGACACGCACUAAACAAGAAAUUCGAACUGAACUUGAAGUUGUGCACAUAGAUAGUGAAGAUGAACUACCGAAAAGACUAGCAUUGGUAACUGAUGAAAAUGACAAAGUUGCUGUUUCGGUUACUACAAUGAGCGGUAUUGACAGUGAACAAGCUGGCUCAGACCAAGAUGUGUUAGCAAAAGAUAUCAAAAAAGGACUCCAGACUGCCAAUGAAAAUAUAUGUAAAGGCGUUGAAAAUAAUUUAUUCAGUGAAAGAUCUAGAUUUGUUAUGGAUAACUCUGUUAUGAUAACAGCAUCAGGUGAAAGCUACCAGCAGAACCCAGUGAACGAAAGCAGUAGUUUUAAGUACGAAGUCACUGCAAAAGACGCAAACAAUAAAGGAAUAACUGUCAGACAUAUUCCAAAACCAAGGUCCAGUGGUCAUAUUACAAUUCCUGAUAAACAAGAUGAAUGCCGGCCAGUAUCAAUGGUUGAACUCACAUUGAAUUUAGAUGAAAUAGAUUUAAAUCCAACUGAAUCUACUGCAGCUAAUGUAGAGAAUUUGAAAAAUGAACAAGAGCCAGUAUCAGAAAUUGUUAUGGCAACAGAUGCUCAUAACCUUCAUUCCAUGCCAGAAAAUGGUUUUGACAACAGCGUAAAUACAGAGCAAAAUCUAGAAACUGUACAGCCUAUUACUGAGAAACCCAAGCUGGAGAAGAAAAUAUCUGAAAGCGAUUAUACAAAUAAUUUAGUCAAUCAUAUCCUGAAUGAAAGCGUUCGUGUUUUUGAUGCAAGUCAUUACGUUGAUCAACUUGUUGAAGAAGAAAAUAAAUAUGAAAACCUGAUGAACUGUAUUAUUAAGAAUUACAUGGAUAAAAUAGCUGUUGCUCCCUUGAAGUUGCAAAAAAACAAAGAAGCUAUAUUCCGAAACAUCAAAGAAUUGAAUCAUUUCAGCAAAAGCAUUUUUUUACAACAUCUGACGAAAUGUAAAUCAGCAGAGGAUAUUGCAGCUUGUUACUUGGCACAUUAUGAAAAAAUAUCAAAGAUGUUUCAGUUGUAUAUUUCAAAAGGAGCUGGCCUAGAAAACAUUUUAACUAACUCUUCUUAUUUCCAACACUGCAAGGUACACAAAAGCGAUCUAAAAGCUCAUCUCCAAGCUCCUCAACAGCAUCUCAAAACAGUAUGUUGUGUGUUUGAAGAUAUGAUCCAACAAAAGACUCUUCUAAAUAAAGAUUCUUCAAAGUUGGAGUUUGCUCUUCAAAUUUUAAAAGAUAUAAUAAACCUUGUACCACGAAAUGUAAAAGAAGUUACUGAAGCAUUUAAUUUGUUAAACACGAAAGUUGAUAACAACAUAGAAGUUGAAAAAGUGCCAAACAUACCGAUAAAACAAACAAUCACAGAAACUCCCAAUGUUGUUUUGGAAGUGGACAUAGUUGAAGCAAGUCCAAACUCUAGUUCUAAAGAAUUAUUGGAAAAUGUUUUAAUGGAGUAUGAAAUUAUUGACACAACAGUUAUAAACUCUAAAAAUGAGGCAUUAGGAGAAACUGAUUUUAAAGGCAAACCACGAUACAUUGUUUCAAAGGGAUACACUGCCAAGAAAAAGGACGAAAUUCAUCUACCACUUGGAUCAGAAGUUUGUAUUCUUGACACAAAAAAUGAUCGAAGUUUCGUUGUUGUACUAGAUAAAAGUGGACAAGAAUUAGAUCGUGGAUGGAUACCAACUUUUUGUUUGCAGCGAAAGGAAGAUGCUGUUUACAUCACUUCUAAAGAAGCAAAAGCUCCAGAGUUUAAAAUACCCUUAACAUCAUGUUCAGCCGUAGAAGGAAAUCCAACGAAACUUUCUGUUCAAGUUAGUGGUUAUCCUAAACCGGAAGUUGUUUGGUAUCUUGAUGGUCUGCCUGUUCGUAAUGACAUUCAUCAUAGAAUUGUUGAGGAAGAUGAUAAAGUUGAAUUGCAUAUUCUUCCAGCAGUUAUUGACGAUGAAGGGUUGUAUACAGUUAAAGCUGUUAACACUCUUGGAUCAGCAUCAUGUCAAGCUGAAUUCAUUGUUGAAUCUGAUGUUUCGUCCAUGAGUGGUCUUAGUGAUCUUGAGUGGGAAGAAACAAGCGUUCCUGCAGAAAACGAGAAAAACAAAAAAACCUUUGUGGUUGGAGAGAAAAUAAAUAUCCAUACUGCAAUUGAAGCAGAAUCAGCAAGAGAGAUUGCCUUUAUUCCACCACUCUUUACUCAUACUCUGAAAGAUGCUGAAUGUUUAUUGGGGGCAAAAGCUUCAUUUCAAGUACAAAUUCAAGGAGAUCCACAACCAGUUUUGUCAUGGUAUUUAAAUAAUGUGAAAUUAGAACAUGAUAAACGUUUGUUUACCACUCAAGAUAGGGCUACGCAUGAGUUAACUAUUUCCAACAUCACUGAAAGAGAUGAAGGGACAUUGCGAUGUGAAAUAUCCAAUUCUGCUGGCAAAGAAUCCUGUGCUUGCUCACUGAAAAUCAUUAAAAGAUCUCCUAGCAACAACAACAGUAUCAACAACAAUAACAACCCAUGUGUGUUUUCACAUCAAAACCAAGUUGAUGUUAUUGAGGAUUGUGAUGCCGAACUUGUUGUCAAAUACAGUGGUGAUCCAAACCCAGAUAUCAAUUGGUAUCAUGACACUAUUCACCUAACAAAAGAGUAUGGUGUUGAAAUCAUAACAGAGAACGGGACUUGUAAAAUGGUGUUACCUGAAGUUACAAGUGAUGAUGCUGGUGUUUACACUUGCAUUGUCCAAAAUUCUUGCGGUGAAGAGAAAUGCGAUAUCAAAUUGCACGUCCUUGGUAAAGAUUCAAGUUUUGUCAAUGAACAAGGCAAAUCUCUUCCUGAUUUAGCUGAUGAAGGUCCUCCAAAGAUAUUAGAACAAUUUCAUGAUAAGAAAAUAUACGAAGGAGAUACUGCAACAUUCCAAGUCAAAGUUAAUAACAAACCAAAUGCAACAAUACAAUGGUUCUGUAAUAAUAAAGAGCUAGAAAAAAAUUCUCAUGUUAAGUUCGAACAAAGUGGAUUGUAUUUUCGUCUUAUUAUCCCUAUCUGUGAUGUCAAAGAUGAAGGAAAUUAUUCAUGCUCAAUUAAAAAUAAAUAUGGUACUGCGAGCUGCUCAGGAUAUAUUGCUGUGCAGGAAAGCAUAUUUGCUCCCAAGUUUGUUGAGCACUCUAAGGAUUUGCAUGUGGGAAAUGGUGAAAAGUGCGAAAUUUUUGCUGUAAUAAAGGCCAAACCAGCUGCAACUGUUGAAUGGUACAAAGACAAUCGUUCAUUAAAAGGCAAAAACAUUGAAUUCAUACAAAAAGAGAAUAUCCAUUCAGUUGUCAUACAUGAAAUGUCUGAAAACCAUGUUGGCACGUACAAAUGUACUGCAUUUAACAAUGCUGGAGAAUCUGCUUGUAUUGUUUCUUUAGCAAUGGCUGGAGAAAGUAACAUGCCAAAAUUUACAGAGCCACUAUGUGAUAUAAAAGCAGAUGUGGGGGACACUGUAAAGUUGGAAUCGACGGUAACAUCAAAGUCAAAUACCAUAGUUGUUUGGUCAAAAAAUGGUAAGCCAAUUUUAGAAAAUGACAAAUUUAAAUUUGAGAAAGGGCAAGAAUCACAUUCUUUACUGAUCAGUGAUGUACAGCUAUCUGAUAAUGGAGUGUAUGUAUGUGAAGCAUCAAAUACAGUUGGCAAGAGCAGCUGUGAAUGCAAUCUAGUGGUAUCUGCACAGAACAACAGUCGACCGUCUUUUAAAAAAGGUUUAGUUGAUUUGCAAGUGCCUGAACAUGAAAAGUCUGUUGAAAUAAAAGUAAUUGCAGUGGGUGAUCCUACUCCUGAAGUUUUAUUUUACAAAGAUGGUGCUUUACUAGAGUCAAGUUCGCGUCGAAUGAUAACACAAGAAGGUAAUGAGCAUAUUUUGACAUUUAAGUAUGUAUUGCAAGGCGAUUCUGGUGAAUAUGCUGCUGUUGCGACUAACAUUGAAGGUGAGGAAUUGACCCAAGGUUUUCUAACUGUAUCAGACUCUAUGCCUCCUAUUUUCUAUGACGCUCAGAAAAAAUAUGAUGUCAAUGAAGGAGAGGAGUUGGUAUUGCAGGCAAACGCAACAGGUUUACCAUUACCAAAAUUGGAAUGGUACAAAGAAAAUGAAAUUUUGAAAACUACAAUUUCUAAGCCGGGUUUUGCAGAAGUUGUAAAAACAGCUUCUCCAGAUGAUACAGGUGAAUAUACAUGUGUUGCAACUAGCAGUCUUGGAAAGGCUCUACUGCAGGUUCAGGUGACUGUGAAUGAAUCAAAGAAAAUGUUUCCACCAGAGUUUCUUUCAAAUUUAUCUGACCUGGAUGUAGACAUUGGUUCCAUAGCUCAUUUAGAGUUGGGAAUUGUUGGUUAUCCAGAACCAGAUAUAAGUUGGAAAAAAGAUGGAAAACUAUUAUCUGAAAAUGAUUCUGUUAUUCUUUCAUCGGGUAACGGUAUGUGUUCUGUUACGAUUAAAAGUUGUCAAGCUAAUAACGCUGGUUGUUAUGAGUGUAUUGCAACUAAUGAACUAGGCGAAUCUUCACGUAGAUGUUUUGUUUCCAUGUCAAAGAAAACAUUGAAGACACCAAAGACAGUUGAGAAGACAUCAGAAAAAUCUAAAGCACCCAAGUUUUUAAAAUCUCUACAUGACUUGCACGUAGCUAUUUCAGAACCAAUAAUUCUAGAAACCAUGGUCAGUGGUGAUCCUUUUCCUGACAUUAGAUGGUAUAAGCAAGACAAAUUGCUUCAUCCCAGCAAAAGAGCGAAAAUUGCAUCGAAUGGGAAAGAUGGUAAAACUUCAUUGCGAAUAGUAAAUGCAAGCAAAGAUGACGCCGGAGACUAUGAAUGUGUUGCGAAAAAUAAACACGGUGAAACUAGUAUUUCUUGUGAAAUAUUUGUGAGGGAAACAAAAAAGUUAAGGGACGAUGGUAGAAAAGUUACAGGUAAACCAGUUAAGCCAAGCAUUAGCAACAAACCGUCAGAUACACAAGUAAUGGAAGGGGAUGAAAUCAAGUUCUCCUUUGUUGUGCAUGGAACACCCAAACCUAAGAUUGAGAUUAUGAAGGAUGGUAAAGUAUGGAAACCUCCACCUCAUGUAGUCAUAUCUUUUGAAAACAACACAUAUUCAUUUAAUAUAGCCAAAUGUUCUUUAAAAGAUGAAGCUGUUUAUCAGUUUAUUGCAUCUAAUAGUUUAGGAAAAGAUUCAUUCAAGAUAGAAGUCCUAGUUGAUGAGACAGCAGAAUUAGAAGUGAUUGCCAAAACAAUUGGGGAAAGACGAAAAUCAAAGGACGACCAUGCUGUGAAAGAUGAAUCAUCUUCAACAGAGGAUGAAGGUGCUAGAAGGAAGGUGUCACACAGACGGCAUUCGAAGCCUUUAAAGAAAAAAUCACUUGUGUUAAGAGAGAAGGCAGGAGAUGAAACAGAUUCUGAAGGUGUUUCAGAUGAAACACCAAAAAUUAUCACUGAAGAGCUUAUUUCAGGAGUUCAAGAGGAGGUAGUGGAAGAACCUGCUUUCUCUUUAGACAAUCUGGAUGAAAUUCCUGAGAUCCUUGAGGGAUUCCAUGACUGCAAAGUUACAGAGGGUAAGCCUAUAGCAUUAAGUGCAAAAGUUACAGGUGCGCCCACAUGUAUCAAGUGGUUUAAAGAUGACAAAGAACUUGAAAAGAGGUGGGAUCUUAUCAUGGAGCAGUCUAAUAGUGCAAUUUCCUUAAAAAUAAACAAAGCAAAAAGAAAUGAUGCUGGUGAUUAUGUCUGCACAGUAGAAAAUGCAAAAGGUAAAGCUUCAUGUAGUGCCAAAGUAGAGGUCAUAAACCAAACAAAACCAGAAUGGAUUAAAAAACUUCAAGAUAACACAGUUUCUGAAGGAGAGAAAGCUAUGUUGGAGGUAACACUGACUGGUGAUCCAGCUCCUGACGUUCAGUUCUUUUGCGAUAAUAGAGUUAUUCAAAAUAGUGAUCACGUCACUAUAAUUUCUAAUAAAGAAACUGGUCACCAUGUUAUUUCUAUUAAUAAUUGCACACUGAGGGACAAUAAAUCAUAUAAAUGUGUUGCAAGAAAUAACCAAGGAACUGUGACAUGUUUUGCUAAUCUGCGAGUAAAAGAAGCUAUAAUUGCACCAUCAUUUUUGGGUGAAUUGCAAGAUUGUGAAGUGAUAGAAAGUCGUGAUAUGAAGUUGAGAGUAGAAGUUGCUGGUAAGCCAAAACCACUUCUUGAAUGGUUUUUUAAUGAUGAAUUGAUCAAAUCUUCUGCUCGAGCUAAAAUUCGCAGUGAACGGGAGUUUAAUAUUCUUCAGAUUUCUAGUUGUAAACUGGAAGACUCCGGUCUAUACAAGGUUGUUGCAUCAAAUAUUGCUGGUGAAGUUGUAACUAAGUGCUCUGCUAAUAUUCUUGAGGAUGUAAAAGCUCCUGAUUUUAUAUACAUUCCAAAACCUAUUAAGACAUUAGAAGGUCGUUUAUCGUCUUUUAGAGUCAGUUUUAAUGGAAGACCUGAUCCUGAAGCAGAAUGGUUUUUUAAUGGUGUAAAACUCGAACCUUCAUCUGGUAUUGAAAUAAAAUCAGAGCCAGGUAAGAGUAACCUAACAAUUAAAAAUGUUGAAACAAAAGACGCUGGAGAAUAUGUUUGUAAAGUUACAAAUAAAUGUGGAGAUAAAAGCUGUAAUAUCGAACUAACUGUUGACGAAGCGCAGUCUCGUCCAUCUUUUACUGAAAAGCUAAAAGACACUGACUGUAUUGAAAACGAGAGUUUAAAUUUAACUGUGAACUUUAAAGGAAAACCAAAGCCAACUUUAACAUGGUAUAAGAAUGACCUGAAACUUCAAUGUACUGAUAGAUUAUCCAUCUUAAAUGAAAACGAUACCUCAACUCUUUCAAUUCUCAACUGUGCUUCGCAAGAUGGAGGUGUAUACAAAGUAUCUGCAAAGAACAAUCUUGGUGAAGUUAACUGUAAGUCAAAGGUGACUAUUGAAGAAUUAACAUCUCUGCCAGUCUUUGAAAAAAAACUUGCUGAUAUUGCUUCUGUUGAAGGACAAAGUAUUGAUCUUGAUGUCACGUUUACUGGAAAACCUAAGCCACGUUUACGCUGGACUAAAAAUGGUGUUGAACUUGAAGGAAAUAGUGAAACAACAAUGCUAGUGGAUGGAUAUGAUGGCAAGUUAAGGCUGACUAAUAUCAAAGAAUCUCAUGCUGGUGCAUAUGAAUGUGUAGCACAGAAUAAAGUUGGAAUAAUCAAGACAUCUUGCAAUGUAAAAGUAAAUCAAGCUUUGUCUGCACCCACAUUUACAAAGAAGCCACUGGCAGAAAUGCAGUUACUGGAUGGAGAUGUACUUUUAGUUGACUUUAUUGUUACUGGAAAACCGUCUCCUGAAAUUCAAGUCACAAAAGAUGGAAGAAAAAUUGGAAACGGGAUAAGUUGCGAAUUUAACAAACCGUCAGGUAGCGGUAUCCUGAAAAUACCUGGCGUAACUAAGCUCGAUGAAGGCUUGUAUGAAGUUACUGCUCAAAAUUCUCAAGGCAGUGCUUCUUUUUCUGUUUGUAUGGGAGUUACAGAUGCAGGUGAAUUGAUGUUUGUCCAGACACUAUCAGAUCAAACUGUAGCUGAAAAUAGCAAUGCCGUGUUGGAGGUCAUGUUUAAAGGAAACGUGGUGGAUGUUGACUGGUAUAAAGAUAAUGAAUAUAUUGAUGAAUCUGACAAGUAUGAAAUUAUCGAUGAAGAAAAUCAUUGUACCUGUGUUGUGCAUGACUGUAAUAAGUCUGAUGCAGGAACAUACCGUUGUGAAAUACUAAAUGAGAAAAACUCUCAGUCUUGUUCCUCCAAACUCUUUGUCAAAAAAGAUAUGUCAUCAACGCCACCGAAAUAUGUUAUAUCUGAGGAAUUUGUUGAAGUGAAAACUGAAGACGUUGUAGAAAGUCAUCCUAUGACUGCCCUUUCAUCAACAGUGCAUCCUCCUGUGUUUACAAAAUCGUUACCAGGGAAGUUAGAUGCUAUUGAAGGCAAGGAAUGUAUCAUGUCUGUAACAGUAGAUGGCAAACCAAAACCAAAAUUAACAUUCUUUAAAGAUGGUGAUGAGAUUAAAUGCAGCAAAAGAGUUCUAAUUUUACCUAUUGGUAAAAAUACCACGCAACUAAAAAUUAAAGAAGUUUCUUUAAAUGAUGAAGGAGAGUAUAGCGUGAAAGCGUGUAACUCUGCAGGUGAUAUUUCAUGUAAAACAGAUUUAUAUGUACAAAUGGAAGCCAUUCCACCUAAGUUUACAGCAAAACCAUUAGACAUCCAAGUAAUCGAAGGGGAAGGGGCAGUGUUUACAAUGAAAGUAAGUGGAACACCCAAACCAAUUGUUAGAGUUUAUCAUAAUGGUGUUGCUGUUGCAACUGCUGAUUACAUUGAUGACUGUUUUCAGUUUUCCUUAGAGAAUUGUGAACCAUCUCAUUCAGGUAAAUACAAAUUUGAAGUGACAAAUGGAGCAGGUCAAACGUCCUCAAACGCAACAUUACUUGUACAAAAAAUGGCGAAAGAGGCAAGUUUUGUGCAACCUCUUAGUGAUGUUGAUGUUAUUCUUGGCAAAGAUAUGAUUCUGUCUGUUACUGUUGAUGGGAACCCCCCUCCUAAGGUUUCUUUUUUUAAAGGAACUAAAAAACUGAGUGAAGGCAAAAAGUAUAACAUAUCUGUGGAAGACAAUCGAGUCAUCUUAAAGGUGAAUAAAGUGACACUUAAUGAUGCAGGUGAGUAUAUCUGCAAAAUAAAGAAUGAAGCUGGAGAAGACAAAUGUUCAGCACAAGUUGUUGUCAACCUUCCGCCGGCACCCCCAAUUUUUAAUAGGGAGCUUGAAAACAAUGAGAUUAUUGAGGGAGAACUGCUGUUGUUAGAAGUAGAAGUAGAUGGGAAUCCUCCACCAGUUGUAAAAUGGGAGAAAAAUGGUGAUCCCGUAAAACAUAUGCAAGAAGAAUCUGAGGGUGGUCUAAAAAGAUUAUUUAAACCAGUUUGUGAAUUGUCUGAUGAGGGAACGUACACUGUUAUUUGUUCCAAUGAGAUUGGAAGAGUUCAGUGUUCCAGUGUUAUUUGUAUAAAGCCAUUGGAAAAACUUCCUAACUUUGGAAAAGAACUACAGGACCAACUAAUUAUUGAGAAUAAUUCGUUUAAACUUGCUGUUGUUGUUAAUGGAAAUCCAAGGCCAGAUAUCGAAUGGUACAAAGAUGAAAAAGCUCUUGGAGAAGGAGAUGGAUAUGUAUUUGAAGGAGAUAUCCACACUGGUGAAUUUAGCAUCACUUGUCCAAAUGCAAGUUUAGAAGCCUCUGGUGCAUACAUGGCAUUAGCAGUUAGUGAAAUUGGAGAAAGUAUGUCAGAAUGUAAAAUUGUUGUUCAGGAAAAACCAGAAAAACCAAAGUUUGUUGAAAAAUACUCUAAUAAAAUUGUUGAAGAGGGAAACCCAGUAAUAUUUACUGCCUCAGUGUCUGGUAAACCAAGUCCAGAAGUAAGUUGGUAUCGAAGCGGUGAGUUGAUUGAAGAAAACGUAACAACAAGUAUUGCCAAUGGCAUUGCAACUACAAAUUUACAGCUGAAUGAUGUAAACACAAAAGACAGUGGCCAUUAUGUAUGUGUUGCUAAAAACGAUUCUGGUGAAAUCUCUCAUUCUGCAAAACUUAAUGUGAAAGAGAUUUUGUACCCGCCAGUGUUUGAAACGAAGUUAGAUGAUACAACUACAGUGGAAGGACAGGAAGUGAUCAUUACUGCCCUCUGCAAAGGUACAUUGCCAUUGGUGUCAAAAUGGAUGAAAAAUGGUAAACCUGUUUAUAACACCUCCUCAACCAGAAUUGAAAAGACUGACAACAAAUUUGUUUUGAGAAUUCCAAAACCAACCAUGCAUGAUUCCGGUGAAUAUAGCUUAGAUGUUAGCAAUAGUGCUGGGAAUUGCAGCAUGUCUUGUAAGUUGCUUAUCGAAGAGGCACCUGUUGCACCAUCCUUUGUUCAAAAACUUCGUGAUAUGAGUGUUCAAGAAGGUAGAGAGGCUGAGUUUUCUGUGAAAAUGCUUGGCAAACCAGACCCAGAAGUUAAGUGGUUUUUAAACGAGGAAGAACUUAUAGGUAGCAGUAACUACAUAAUAACGCCUAAACCCGAUGGCAAAUCAUCGUUAAAAAUAAAGACAGUUUCUCUUGAUGAUAUAGGUUCUUUAAAAUGCAAAGCAACAAAUAUUGCUGGUACUGCUUCCACUUUAUGUAAAAUUAAAGUCACAGAGCUGAGAGUUCCUCCAGACUUUAUUAAACCUCUAGAAGAUGUAAGCAUAUGUGAAGGAGAAGAACUGAUGCUCAAGGCUGUGGUAUCAGGCAAACCCAAUCCAACUAUUACUUGGACCAAAUCGAGAAAAGAACUUAAGGAAUCAGACACUGUAAAGAUAUUCCAGGAGGGACAAGAGUGUUAUAUUGUCAUCGCAAAAACAACAAUUGAUGACCAAGGAAAAUACAAGUUAAGUGCAAGCAACAAAGCUGGUGAAAAAUCUUGCUUCUCGAAUGUCUGUGUGAAGAAAAACGUUGAGGCUCCAGUGUUUAUUACCAUACUCGAGGAUGUGACCUUAAACCCUAUGGAAACAUUAACUUUAUUUACUGAAGUAAUUGGAGAACCUAAACCAAUUGUAGUCUGGACAAAAAAUGGAGAAGAACUAAAAAACCAGGAUGGAAUUUCUAUCAAGGAAAAGUCUGGAAAAUCUACCUUAAUUAUUAAAGAUGUUUCUGUUGAUGAUAGUGGCAUAUAUGCAUGUAUAGCUAAUAAUGAAGGAGGCGAAGUUAUUACCAGAGCAGAGAUUGAUAUCCAGCAAGAAAAAGUAGCACCAUUCUUUACAAAAGCUCUAGAAGAUUGUGAUUUUGACGAAGGAUCGGACAUAGUACUAUCAGUGCAUGUUAAGGGUACUCCCACUCCAGAAAUUAAAUUUUAUAAAGACGAAAAAGUAAUCCAGAGCAUUGAUGGAAUAACUGUUGUGAGUGAUAAAAUAGGAGUAUCUACUGUAAUAAUUGAAGAUGCUCAAAUUGAUGAUUGUGGUGAUUAUGAAUGUAAAGCUUUUAACGAGUCUGGAGAAAAUGUUUCCUCUUGUUAUGUAAAAAUAAAUGAAACUAGUAAACCAAGUAUUGUGCCUGCGGAAGGAGCAGUUGCUGCAAAAGUUGCAAAAGGUUCUGAUGUAACAAUGGAAGUAGAAAUAUUUGGUAGUCCCCAACCAGACGUUGAAUGGGCUAGAGGUGAAAUUCUUUUAGAUCCCUGUGAUAAAUAUGAAAUAAUUGAUGAAAAGGGGUAUUCUUCAUUAGUUAUUCAUGAUGUUAACUCUGAUGAUGAUGGUGAAUAUGUGUGCAUUGCAUCCAACUAUUUGGGUGAGAUAGAACAAAUCCUUCAGUUAAACGUAGAACCAUCACCUCCCAAAGUAGUUGAGAGGGAAGAUCAAGUGAUACCAAAAAAAAUUUACGAAGAGAAACCGGCUCCACCAACCGUUAUGAAGAAGCCAAAGAAGACUGUUAAAAGUCAUGUUGUGGAGGAAGAUGCAAUAUUGGUAGAACCUAACACAGAUGUUGAGUGUGCCCCACCUGUUAUUCAAGAGGAAGUGAUUCUGCCAAAUUCAGCUGCAACAGAUGAAUCUAUACAAGAAGACUUAUCAGCUAAUACCUUUAAUGAUAGACAAAAUACUGACGAGGAAACAGUUUUGCCUGUUGUGCAAAAAAAGUUAGCUAAAACUACAGGAACACCCCCAACAUUUUCUAUGAAACCUAAAGACAAAGAUGUAGUUAAAGGUAAUGACGUUAGAUUCACAUGUAACUCUAGAGGCUCGCCUGAUCCUGUACUAGAGUGGUUCUUUGAAGGGAAGGUUAUUGAACCUUCUAAAAAGCAUCAAGUUAAAAAUACGUAUGGACUUUCAACAUUAAUCAUAAAAAAUGUAGAACUUGAUGACAUUGGUGCAUACGCAGUUAUCUCAAAGAACAUUGCUGGUGAAUGUAAAUCAUCAUUUUUGCUCAGUGUGAAUGGUAUGACCUCAAAGCCAGAUGAGCAGAAGGAACCUGCAAAGACAAAUGAAGAACUUGCUGCCAUAGGUGUGAAAGGAAAAGAUGAAGAGCUUCAAAAGAAUAAAAUUGAUGAUGGUGAAGCUUUAAGCACUUGUGCAGAAAAUAAAAACAAUAAAAUAGACAACAGUAAUGAGAUUGACAUUGUAAAACCAAAGAAAAAUGAAGAUGUUGUGACAGAGAACAUUUCAACACAAGAAUCAAGGAAAGACGAAUCAAAAAGUAUUACAAAGGAUCGAGAUAGUAAGUUGACAAGUGCAGCAAAAAAAGAUCAAAAGAAAGCACCAGUACCGCCAAAACCAAAAUCUAAACCUGGAAAAGAUGCUAUUAAAAAAGUUGAAAAAGAGAGAGAAGAGCCAGAAAAUCAAAAAUUGGAUAAAGAACUCUCUGUAAAAUCAUCAGGGCCAAUUCAUGUUGCAAUUGAAUUUCAAGGAGAUGUGGAUUCAGUUGUGCCUGAAAAGAAGCCUCGUACUGAAUCUAUUCCUGUGGAAGUAUCAUUACUUGUAGACACAAAGCCGCAAGUGAAGCCAGGCGUUGUAACUCCUUUAAAAGAUCAGACUGUAAUUGAGGGUGAAAAUGUUGUGCUGAGAGCAGAGUUUUCUAGUCAUUUGCCAUUGGAAUAUUCAUGGUUUAAAGAUGAAGUCACUGUAAAUAGUUCAGAACGACUCAACAUUUCUACUGAUGGUAAUUGGGCUAUACUCCGUAUAAAUAAUUCAAAUGUGGAUGAUGAAGCAGAGUAUGUCUGUCUUGCAGCAAAUGAUUUAGGAUCAUGUGAAACCGCUGCAGAACUUCUUGUUGAUGAAGCUGAAAGCCCUAUUCAAGAUAAACUUGAUACUUUGGAAAAAGAAAAAACAAUUGAACCAGAAGUGAAAGCCAAACUGCAAGAAGAUGUGAAGCCGGUACCAUCAAAAACAACAGAAAAAUCUCCACCACCACCACCUGCGGCUAAACCCAAGCCAAAACCUCCUGCUCCUAAGGCGGCCAAAAAACCUGCUGUCGAAGUUCCUAAAAAGCAAGAAAAACUUGAACUUGCAAAACCCCUAUCAGACUGUGAAUAUGGUGUUGAUGAUUCUGCAGAGCUUGAGUUGGUGGUUACACAUGAUCAAGAACUUCAGAUUGAGUGGUUUGUUGAUGAAGAUCCAAUUGAAGAAGACGAUGCUAUUCAUUUUGUUAAUUUGCCUCCAUCAUACAAACUAAAGAUUGAUUCUUUGCUUGAAGAAGAUGAAGGGGAAUAUUCCUGCAUUCUUACCAAUUUAGCAACUAAAGAAUCUAUCACAUCAGCUUGUAUGCUUACUGUUGAAGCCAAGAAAAUAAAACCUCAAUUUAUAACCCCUUUGGAAUCAGGUGAAACAGAUGUUGGGGAUUUCAUCGAAUUUCGAGCUCUUGUAAAAGGCACGCCUAAGCCUGCUGCUACUUGGUAUUUUAAGGAACAGAAAUUAGAGCUGUCUGACAAAUACGACUUUGGGCAGGAAGAUGACGAAUAUUAUCUUAUUGUUGAUGAUUGCAAGCCUUCAGAUACAGGUAAAUAUAAGCUGAUCAUAGAAAACAGUGAAGGUCAGGAAAGCUGUUCAGUCAAUCUAGAUGUGAUUGGCGAAGUUGAGCAAGUAGAAGAUACCAGCGCUCCAACGUUGGUCCUCUCUGAAAAAAGUCAAGACAAAAUUGAGAAAGUGGAAGGUGAAGAAAUUGUACUUUCAGUAAAUUGUCAUUGUAAGACUGAUCCUGAGGUUUCCUGGUUUAAAAAUGGUGACAAAAUCACAAGCACAAGUAAUAUCGAAAUGAAAAACGAGGACAACUUUAUACAUCUUGUCAUUAAAAAAUCUUCUCCAGAUGACUCAGGAAUGUAUACCUGUGUAGCAGAGAAUGAAUUUGGAAGGAGUCAAGUAUCAGUAAACAUGCACAUAAAAGCUAAAGACUCAGAGCCUGAAUUUUUAGAAGAACUUAAAGAUGUGUCCUUAUUAGAAGGUGCUACUUUAAGCCUCACUGCUAAAGUAAAAACAGGACUUGAUCAAACUGCUCAAUGGCUAAAGGACAAAGUUGUUAUUAAAUCGAGCCCAUACAUUAAAAUAUCCUUUAAAGAUGGUGUAUCAACUAUUUCUAUACGAAAUGCAGCAUUGGCAAAUUCAGGUGAGUAUGAGUGUGAAGUCAAAAACAAGAUUGGGUCAGCUACGACUACUUGUAAUGUUAUUGUUGAGAAGAAACCAACCCCGCCUGUGUUUAAAAAGCGACUCCAAGCAACCACAAGUAUCAUGGAAGACAAGAAAGCUGAAUUCGUUGUCACUGUUGAUGGAAGUCCACCACCAGAAGUCAAAUGGACUUACAAUAAUGCAGAUUUGGUAGAGACUGAUAGAAUUCACGUGUUACCUCCUGAUGAAAAGCAACAUAAAGUUGUAUUUGAUUCCUGCCAAAUGUCAGACAAAGGCAGAAUAAAAUGUACAAUCAAAAACUCUGCUGGAAGUGCUUCUUGCUUUUGUGAUAUAUCAGUAAAGCCUGGGCCCCCCAAAAUCAAGUUGAUCAGUGAGCCUGAAAUCAGCACAGAAGCUGGUCAAGAUGUAUAUUUAGAAAUAGAAGGUCCUUCAGAUGGAGGACGAUACAAGGCGGAUUGGUACAAAGAAAGCAAGGCUAUCUAUCGUAGCACAAAAAAGUAUGAUGUAACUGCCAAAGAUAAUCGUUUUUCAUUUGUCAUAAAAGCUCUUGAAAACACUGAUGAAGGUACAUAUAAAUGUGUAUUAGCAGGACCAGGUGGUCGAACAACACAAGAAUUUAAGAUUUCCAUUCAAGCUCCAGAAGGCAAGCCACCAAAAGUAGUUGACCAGUCCCCUGAGGAAGUCUGUGUUACUGCUGGUGAAAAAGUCAACCUAAAUAUUAAAGCUUCUGGUUACCCACUGCCCAUUGCUGUUUGGUUUAAAGGAGAAGAAGAACUUGUAAGCAACGAAGACUUUAAGAUUUCCUUCAAAAAUGACACGUAUCUACUGGAAAUCAAGAAGGCAACAUGUGACCACGAUGAUGACUACUACUGUACGCUUACUAAUGAACAUGGUGUCGACAAAAUCAUGUUUUCUGUUGUUGUGGAAAAAAAGAAAACAAAGCCAUCUUUUGUUCAAAAGUUAACUGACAUCACUGUUGAGGAAGGAAUGGAAGCAGAAUUUGCUACUAUCGUGGAAGGUUAUCCAGAACCAAGUGUUGUGUGGACACUAAAUAAAACUGUGAUUGAAGAUGAAGGGCGAUUUCAAUUGUUGGUGGAGAAUGAUAACUGUUAUGUGAUGGUGAUUGAUAGUUGUGAGGUUGAUGAUUGCGGUAUGGUUACCUGCACUGCUACAAAUGAAGUUGGGAGCGUAACUUGUAAGGGAAGAUUGGAACUUUUAAAACCUAAAGAAGUGAUUCCAGAGAUCAAGAGUUCUUCUGAUUCCAUGAUUACAGUUGAAGAAAACGGGGCCCUAACAUUGAAAGCUGACAUUUCAGAAACUUCUUCAGUCUGUUGGUUUCAUAAUGGUGUGAAACUUGAAAACAAUGAGAAGGUGGAAGUGAAACAAGCUGGUGAUUCGUUCUCAAUGACUGUUUUGCGUGUUACACCUGCAAAUUCAGGUGAAUAUAUGGUGGAAUCAACUUCAAGUACUGGCCACAUUGCUAGCAAGAUAUUCACUGUUACUGUUCAAGCAUACAAGCCUUUAAAGAAAACAUUAUUCCAAAAAGCUCUUCCAGAAUCUAUACACAUUGGUAAGGGACAAAUAAUGCGUUUGGAGAUUCAUUUAUUCGAUUCAACUGAUGUAGAUGUAAUCUGGGAACGUGAUGGGGAAAUGAUAGAUGAGGAGGAAUCAGUUGUGUUUGGUCGAACAGGAAAGGUUCAUUUCCUUGAAAUAACUGGUAUGCAAAGUGACGACGAAGGAGAGUAUGAAGCAUUUGUUGGAACUGAUGCAGGCGAAGAGGAGUCUUGUUUGUGUAAAGUUUUUGUUGAUGAUGUAAAGCCAAUUGUUGAAAAUAAAACAGGAAAGAAAAGCAUUCCUCCACCAGCUGCAAGUAAGCCAGUUGAACACAGCAAGCAGAAACUACCUGAAGUUAAGCCGAAAAAGAAAAGUCCUGCACCAGAACCAGUGUCAGGUAAAAUAGACGCACAAGAGGAUGGUGAUGUUUUGGAAAAUAAAAAAGAUGAUAUCACCAAAAGGGAUAACAUCACCAAAAUUGAUGAUAUCACCAAAAAAGGUGAUGUCACCAAGAAAGGUAAAACGCCACCUCCUCCUAAACCAAAGAAAAAAAGUUCAGUCGUGAAAGCGGAGAAUGAUCCGUCUAUACCUCCAGCAAUCCAAGAAAUGAUCAAACAAGAGUUAGCGGCACAGAAGCAAAAAGAAGAUCAAGAAUCUGAGAAGGUGAUCGUGACUGAAACUGUUGGUGUUGAGCAAGUACCAGAAACAUUUACUGCAAAACCUCAUGAUGAAAUUAUUGAUAGUGAGUCAGAAGGAGCUGAAAAAAUUGAUGAAGUUUUUGUCAUUGAAGAAAAAUUAAAACCAGUUGUUGUUAUGUGUGAAGAUGAUGCGAAAUUUUGUGUUCUUUUAAACAAACCAGCUGAUGAAUAUCAUUGGACAGUUAAUGGUGAAGACAUUGAUACAUCAGAACGCAUUGACAUUUUUGAAGAGGAUUCUUCUUACAACUUAGUUUUCUUAAAUUGCAACAAGAAAGAUGACAAAAAGUCAGUAAAAUUUGUUGCUAGCUGCAAAGAAAAAGAAGUGACAUGCUCAGCCAGAUUAACUGUACAACCACUAGUUCCCAGUCUUAUCGACAAAUGUGAUCUGUUACCAGAAUACACUGCAGGAGAAGAUAUCGAGUUAAGAGCACAAAUCAAGGGACAUGAAAAACCUCAAGUGGAAUGGUUUAAAGGAUUUAAGAAGUUAAAUAAUGUAGCUAACCGAACAGAGAUAUCUGUCGACGGAAGUGUUGUAGUUCUUACCUUGAAAAAUGUUAUAAUUGCUGACUCAGGGAUUUACAAAUGUCUUGUCAAGAGCAAGUCCGGAAGUUCAGAAUUAAAGUUUAACAUCAAAGUGAAAGCGAGAAAGCAGGAAGGCUCGCGUCCGGUGAUACAAUCGAAAUUCCAAGAUACAUCCUUUAAAGUUGGGGAUAAAAUUGUACUUGAAGCCACCGUUGUAGGUCAACCUACACCCACAGUGGAAUGGCUUAGAAACAAUAAAAAGGUACGCAGCAGCCGCAAUUUAGUUCUCUCACAUGAUAAUACACUUCACAGAUUAACGAUAAAUAAAGCCGGCGAGGAUGACGGUGGAGAGUACAAGAUUGUGGCGAAAAACAAAACAGCAUCCACGUCUUUUUCAGCUGACAUCAGCAUUAAAAAAGCUGGCGGUAAACCUGUAUUUGUAAAAGAACUGGAAAAUAUCGAAGUAAUGGACAUGGAACCUGUAAAGUUUGAAGUCGAAGUAAAAAAUUGUGAUAGUGUGAAAUGGUACGUUGACGAAGAAGAAAUAUCCGACGACGAGGACUUUGAAUUUAAAGAAGAUGGCGAUGUCUUCUCCUUUAGAAUUGCAUCUAUAAAUCCUGAAGACGAGGGAACCUACGCAGUAAAAGCAACUAAUAAAUAUGGCAUAUCGACAUCAGCAUGCACAUUGACAGUAAAUGAAUUAGAAGGGCAAGAAAUCGAUGUGGAAGAUGGCGGUGACGUAGAAACACCAGCAGAAGAACCUGUCAUUGACAUGGAACUUAAGGAUGAUUGUGUUGAAGCAACUGAAGGGGAAACAUUCACAACAAAAUUUACUGUUAGAGGAAAACCUUCUCCAGAGGUGAAUUUUUAUAAAGAUGAUGAUGUACUGGAUGCAAAUGAACAUAUUGAGAUCAUCAACAGGGGUGGAGAGUACACAUUUAAGAUCCGAGAUUUAACAGAGGAGGAUUCUGGGUUCUAUUUGUUUGAAGCAGAAAGUGAUGGUGGUUUUGUUGAGAAGGAGUUUGAACUCGUUGUAGCAGCUAAACCAAAAGUGAAAGUUCCUCCACCAGCGGCUAAACCUAAACCAGUUAAAAAAGAACCUGAAAAAGUUGCACCGAAACCACCAGCGAAAAAAGAGAAACCAACUCCACAACCUGCUACAAAGGAAAAAACAGUUCAACAAGCAGCCAAGAAGGAAAAACCAACUCCACAACCUACAAGUAAGCCAGUUAAAGAAAGUGAAAGUAUCCCAGCGAAAGAAGAAGAAGUUGUUCUCAAAGGAAGAAGCAAAACAUUUAAACCAGUCUUUACCACCAAGCUUCACGAUGUCGAAGUCGUUGAGAUGAGUGCAGCACGGUUUGGUGUAGUUGCAGAAGGUAAUCCCGAAGUUGAGUUUAUAUGGUAUAAAGACAAUGUCGAAAUCAAUGAAAAGAAUCGACACUUUCGAAUUGAAGAAGAAGAAAAUGGUGAAAGUUCGUUGAUCAUUGUCGAAGUUGAAGCAGCUGAUAAAGGAAAAUACAAAUGCGUAGCCGUCAAUGAUGUUGGCAAGGCAACAACAACAGCAGAGCUAUUUGUAGAAGUUCACGGGUUUGCUUCAGAAGAUGAAUCUGAAUCUGAGCUUGGAAAAUCGUUGACAAGGACAUCGACCAUGGAUGAGGAAUUAUCGGAUGAUUUGUUAGAUCCUGUGGAUGAACUUGAAAAGGCGCAGAUCAUUUUGCCACUUCGCGAUAAGAAAGCAAAAGUCGGCGAAAAUACCAAAUUUUCCUGUCGUGCUCAGUCGAUUACUGGAGAAUACGCAGUCGAUUGGUAUGUCAAUAACAUCAAAAUAACAACUGGCCCGCGUAUGAAGAUUUCGGUUCAAGACGACGGGGAGCUUUUUGUGUUUGAUAUCAAAGAUGUUCAAGUGAGCGACAGUGGAACUUACAAAGUUAUCUUUUCUUCUCCUCAUGAUAAACUGGAAUCCGCAGCACAGCUAGAUGUGGAAGACGUGGGUGAUGUCAAGAAAACAAUUUCUGUGACAAUGAAAGAUGAAAAAAUAAAUGAUAGCGAGAAAAAGUCAGAGGUCGUAACACCGCCAAAAGUAGCAGCGAAGUUAACAAAAGCUCCACCACCGAAACCUGCUUCGAAACCAAUCAAAAAAAGGGACGUACAAGCUCCUGAAUUUUCCUUAAAACCAAGAAGUCGAGAUCUAUUAGCAGGUAUGCAAGUUCGAUUCACUGCAAGUGUUUCUGGCAAACCCGCACCUGACAUUAAUUGGUACAAGGCUGACGAAAUCAUUAAACCAUCAAAGAAUGUUGAAAUAACAUGCAAUCCUUGUCUCUCCACGCUAAUCAUCAAGUCCAUCGCAGCGGAGCAUGCUGGGACAUAUAAGGUGGUUGCAAGCAACGAAGGAGGAGAGAUUAGUGCUGAGGCUGUUCUCAAUGUUGAAGACAAAAAAUCUACACCAAAAGCUACUCAAGGUUCUAAACCAACAAUCACAACGAAAAUCUCCGAUCAAUCCAUCGAAGAAGGAGAAGAUGUUUCAUUUAAAAUAGAGUAUGAAGGCCAACCUAACGCAGACAUAGAAUGGGAGAAAAAUGGACAUAAAAUUGUUUCGAUAAAACGAGUAAAAGUUAUUGAUGGAAAAGGUUGUAGUGAAUUGAAAAUUACAGGCUGCCGUAGUGACGAUGCUGGAACCUAUACUGUGUCUGCUACUAACGUACAUGGUAUGGAUGCUUGCACUGUGCAGUUGGACGUAAAAAAAACACCCACUGGUGGAGAGGACACUCCUCCAGACAUACAAGUAAUCGAAGAAGUUGAUAAAAAAGAUCCGAACGACGCUCCGCCGCCUUCUGAUGAUAUGAUGGAUAGAGACGACGAUGAGGUAGCAGGUAUCAACGAGUUGGGAAUGAAGCUGCUCCAAAUAAAGGAACUACACCCUGUCUUGCAGAGAGAAGUCACCAGACAUAAAUUUCCUGGAGGCUCAGGUAUCGAUGUCGUUGUCAUGCCAGCCACACCACGUGACUCACCAGUAAGUGGUGCUAAACCGAAGAUCAAAGAGAAACCGAAAGACCUGGAGUUAGAAUUGGGCGAGACAGCUGAGUUCGAGUUGGAAGUAGAAGACCGCACAGGCGUGUCUGUUUCAUGGUCUAAAGACGGUAAAUUGUUAUUUGGAUCUGGACGAAUAAAGAUUUGGGACAAAGAGAACAGUUUCUUUAUGAAGAUUAGUAAGCUGGAGGCGAGUGAUGAAUCGUUGUACGAGUGUCACGUGCGUAACGAGUAUGGCGAGGAAAUGUGCGACGUCGAGUUGUUAGUGAACGAUCCCGAUGAAGAAGAUGAAGAAGAAGAAGAAGAAGAAAAAGAAAAAGAAAAAGGUGCACCUCCUGUGUUUGUGAAGAAAUUGAAAGAAGAGUACGUACUCGUUGAAGGUGAUCAACUAUUAUUAGAGGUCGAAACAGAAGGCGAGCCCACUCCUAAAGUCUCUUGGUACUUCGACGGUCAAAAGUUUGUCAGUAGCGAAGAAAUACAAAUCACGUCUAAAGGUCAUACCCACAGUUUGAAAAUUGCAGAAGCUUUACUCGAUGACGAAGGUCCUUAUAAGUGCGUGGCUGUUAAUGAGUUUGGCGAAGUGAGUCUUUCCACUGAAGUGUUUGUUGACGAGAAGGAGACGAGCAAGUCAAAAGACGAGGAAAGCGAGACUAAAGUUGAAGUGGAGGAACCUCCGGUGGUUAUAUUUCCGUUGAAAGAUGAUGAAUGUUUGGUCGGUGAUAAAAUGCAGUUUGAUGUUGAGAUCUCAGGAUGUGAAGAAGUAAAAUGGUUUUCAAACGACGUAGAAAUUACAGAAGACGACAAGCGGGUGGUAUUGUUUUCUAAAGAUGAUGCAUUUUCUCUUGUUAUCAACCCUGUUACUAUGGGAGACGAUGGGGAGAUCAAAGUUGUUGCAAAAAAUAAAUAUGGAGUCAUUGAAAGUUCGUGUGAUUUGUUAGUGGAAGCUUCCGAAGGUGAAGAAGAAGAGGACGAAAUAGCGGAACAGAAUGAAGAAGCAAAUGAAGUGAAACCGCCCGUACAGGAAAAACACGUUCCACCACCAGCGCCCAAACCAAAGCCUAAAAAAUCACCAGUAGUUGUGAAGGGCGACGCUCCUUCAUUUACAUCGCCUCUUGCUCCCAGACAGCUUGUGGAAGGAAACAUAGCGCGUAUGGAUGUGAGAUUGAAAAACGAAACAGACGCAACUGUGGAGUGGUAUUGUAAUGACGAGCGGAUCACCCUAAGCAAGUUUGAUAACAUCACCAUCGUGGCAGAUCAAGACUUACACUCGUUGAUCAUUGCGGAAGUCAAGUUGAUUGACACAGCUCUUUACACUUGUAAAGCGUACAAUGAGUUUGGUAAAGCGAGUUGCUCGGCUGAUCUACUUGUUAUGCCCAACAUCCCCAAUACAAGUCUCGAAGUGAAGGAGAACAGGGAAGAGAGCAAGAGAAGAAGUACUGGAAUGCGAACUUUGGAGGAGGUGCUUUCCUUGUCCUCCUAUGUUGCUGUUGAAGAUCAAGUCUUAUCCAGUCCUGAUUUCCUUCCCAUCAAAAAAGGCGAUGUGGUGGAGAUUUUGGAUUGCAGUCGGCAAGAUAUGUGGCUUGUAAGGCAAGCCUCUAACGUGGCUAGCAUUGGAUUUGUUUCACCCUCCAUCCUAGAGAAAAACGAAGCAGAAAUGGAUGAACCAACAUCACCUGUGAUGGAGACCGUCUUAGAUGAGAAAGUUUUGGGAAUGAUCGAAGAAGAAAAAGAAAAGAUGAAGACUAGCUGUUAUGUUGCUAUUGGCAACUACGAUCCAAAAAUUGACCAAGAAAUCGCAUUAAAUGAAGGGAUGAUAGUGGAACUCGUGGACGGCCAACCACAAGCAGAAUAUUGGGUAGUGAGGGUCGUAAAUAAAGAUGGCACAUAUGGAGAUGAAGGGCUAGUUCCCAGUACUCAUUUGGAAUUGAAAGAAGAUAGAGACGAUAGUAAGGGAGGACUGGUUGGUAAAGACGAGGAAAGUAAAAAACAUGAAAGUUUGAGUCAUCGAGAUAAAGUGUUAAAAGAAAUAGUGCAAACAGAAGAGAAGUACGUUCAACAGCUUGCUGAAGUCAACCAGUCCCAUCUCGUUGAAAUGGAAGAAGGAGAGGAGCUCCCACCCGCAAUGCAAGGCAAAUCGCAAGCUAUUUUCAGCAACAUUAGAGAUAUUCAUAACUUUCACGCCAAAACGUUUUUGAAGGAAAUGAAAGCUGCAGAGAAGGAUCAUAUUGCGAUGGCAAAAUGCUUCACAAAACAUGCAAGUGAAAUGGAGAGUUUGUAUGUUGAGUAUUGCAAUAGCCGACCUGCAGCUGAUGAAAUCUUAGAUCGACCGGAAGUUAUUGAAUUUUGGGAAAUAUUUCAGCAAGAAACGGAAGAUCCACACCCUCUACGAGCGUACUUAAUCACACCUGUGCAAAGAAUUACACGAUAUCAACUCUUGCUUAAGGAAAUUCUAAAGUAUACGACCCGGGCGAAUGAAGAAUCCAGCUGUGUGGAGGAAGCUCUAUCUCAAGUGAGCGCGAUCACGAGGCUAGCUAAUGAUUCUAUGCAUUUAAAGAAAGUCGUCGGAUAUGAGAGCGAAACGAAAUUCGGAAAUUGCGGAAAAGUAUUAAAAAUGGACACGCUAUUAUGUUGGGACGGUGCAAAAGCAAAAGGAAAGGGAAAGGAGCGACAUAUCUUUCUCUGUGAGAACGUUUUGAUCGGCACGAAGAGAAAUGAUAGCCAUAAGAAAGAUGAGAUCUCCUAUACACAUAAAUUUUCGAUGAAGACAUCUGAUCUUGGUCAAACUGAAUACAUUGAUGGUUAUCCUUCGCGGUGGAGUGUAUGGUGUGGCAAAUCAGCUUCUUCUGCUUUGGAGCAAUACACAUUCGAGGCGAAAUCUGAAUGGGAGAAGAGUGGUUGGGUACGAGACAUCAGAGACUUGCUUGGCAAGCAACUAGCAGCCUUAAAAGAUUCAGUGAAGCGUCAAAGUAUGCCUCCAAGACCUAUUUCCGUAGCUGUAGAUCGACGAACAGCAGAAGCUCCGUCCCCAAAACCUAAACCAAAACUAAAACAUUCCAAAUCAGAAGCCGACAUGCACGGCCCUAAACAACGCGACGACGAAAUGUCGGCGUUGACGGAAAAAAUUGACGUUGUAGAUUCAAGUCGUGAGAAACAAAUUAGCGAGGACGUGAACGACACUGAGGAGCAGUACUUAGCAACGGAGUAUAUGGAAGAAAUAAAAGCUACACCUUCCAAUGUCAAAUUAGUGGUUGGCGAAUUAUAUAGGAUUAGUAAAGACACGAAAAGCACUGGAUCGCAAAAAUUUGUCUUAAAACAAAAUGAUUUGGUAACGUUGGUUAAACAAGGCACAUCUCUGUACCUCGUUGAACCAGCUGGUGCGACUGAUUCAUCGAAAAGAACUUGGGUACCAUGCUCCUACUUGGCUUCGUUAGCGGAAGAAGUAGAAGAGGAAAGCAAACAAGAUCCACCAAUUUUCAUCCAAGAACUUUCUUCCAUCACCGCGCGAGAUGGCGAAGAUGCUUCGUUUAAAUGUCAAUGCGUUAACGUCGAGUCAGUAGAGUGGUACUAUGAGGAUAUGCAGAUCACUGAAGCUGAAGGAGUCGAAAUUGUGUUUAAAGACAGUAUAGCUGAACUGAAGUUGGAAAACUUGUGUGCUGCUGAAGAAGGAGAAUACACCGUGAAAGCAAUCAAUAGUGUUGGUGAAGUCACCUCGACUGCUCGAUUGCGCAUCACAGAUCCUGCUACGAUUACGAAGGGGAUUGAGUCGGUGACAGCAUCACAAGCAGACAACGUCGCCUUCAAAUGUUGUUUUAAAGGUCAUCCACAGCCUACGGUAGAAUGGUAUUUUGAAGAUAACGUGAUACAAGAUGAGGGAAAGUUUAUUAUUGAGACCAGUGCAAAGAUAUCUAUCCUUGAUAUAGCUGAAGUAAGCACGGAAGAUGAUGGAAACUACAAAUGUGUGGUGACUAAUUCGUCUGGAAAUGAUGAAUCUGUGGCCACACUUUCCAUAAAAACAAUUGAAAAACCGGAAACUCCAUCUGCUCCCACCGUAAGCAAGGUAACCGACAAAGCAGUGACGUUAACCUGGUCGGCUAGUCCUUCAGAAAUCACCCAUUACAUGGUUGAAAAAAGAAAUGCUGAUGAUCGCUCUGAUGCAUGGGAAAUAACCCAUGAAAAGCUGGACGAUACUACCUGCGUUAUUGACAACUUAAAUUACGGUGACCGAAUUCAAUUCCGAGUGACAGCUGUCAAUCAAGAUAUAUUCAGCGAGCCUUCCUGUUCGACUGAUAAAAUUCUCAUUGAAGCGCCAAGACGAAAGAAAACGAAGAAGAGGUCCGCUAAAAGUGGUGAAGAAAGUUUAAGUGAGGGAGAGGGUAAUGAAGGAGAGUCUAAAGGUUUGCUAAGUCCAGAUACAAAACCACGUGGACGUUUGUCACCCUUCUCUCAGGUUAGAAACAGACGAAAAGGAGGACAUUCUAGCUCAGAUGAUGAUGCGGUAGCAGAAAGGGGUCGAUCUACACCCAGGGCACGGUCGAAGAGUCCAGGUCCGUUGUUUACAAGUGUACGCAAAGGACGAUCGAGAUCCAAAAGCCCUAUGCGCCAAUUAAAGUCUCCAGCCACUCCAGAGAGUGAGAGCGGAGAAGUACCGUUUGGUCCGCCAUACUUUACACGCGAAUUAGAAAACUGUUUCGUGGUCGAGGGAGGUGCAGCUCGCUUCACAUGUCGCGUGAGUGGGAACCCCGAACCUGAAGUCAACUGGUACAAAGACAAUGAGAAGCUGUCAGAAAGUAAACAGUUCACCAUGUUGUUUGAUGCAGAUGAGAACUGCGUGUUGAUUAUCACACAGAGUAACCACGAUACAGCUGGCUCGUACACGUGUGUUGCAACCAACAGCGAGGGUACGGUGAAGAGUUCCUCCAUUUUGUUUGUGGAAGGCCUGCAAACAGAAUACGAUUCCGAAACUGAAGAAGAAGUGUCCGAUCCGGAACCGCAAGAAGAAAGAGGACAAGUUGAUAUCAAAAAAGAAGAUGCGGAAAGUUAUUACGUGUUGAAAGAAGAACUGGGACGGGGAAAGUUUGGUGUGGUCACGAAAUGCGUGGACAAACUUACUAACGUAGAAUAUGCGGCCAAGUUUAUCAAAUGUCGUCCAAGCGAACGCAAAAAUGUCAUCAAUGAAAUCGAGAUAAUGAACACUUUGAAUCAUAAGCGUUUAAUUAAUUUAGUCGCAGCGUUUGAAUCAUCGAGACAAAUUGUGUUGGUUCUUGAGUUAGUCACCGGGGGAGAGUUAUUUGAAAAGCUCACCGAGGAAGAGUAUAUAUCCGAGAAAGAUGUGACGUUUUACAUGAAGCAAGUACUGCAGGGAGUUCAGCAUAUGCACGAACGGGAGGUUCUGCAUUUGGAUUUAAAGCCUGAGAACAUUAUGUUGGUGAACCAACGUAGCACGCAGAUCAAACUCAUCGAUUUUGGAUUAGCUCGCAGGUACAAAAAAGGGGAUUCCUUGAAAGUUUUGUUCGGUACGCCAGAAUUCAUGGCUCCUGAAGUCAUCAACUACGAGCAAGUGACGCCGCAGACUGAUAUGUGGUCAAUUGGGGUCAUUACUUAUGUGUUACUCAGCGGUCUAUCGCCAUUCGCUGGCGAUAACGACUCAGAAACGCUGGCUAAUGUGACGGCAGGCGAAUGGGAUUUUGACGAUCCAGUGUUUGAAGACAUUAGUGAUGAGGCGAAAGAUUUCAUCCAAGAUUUACUAGUGAAAAAUCAAAGAGAACGCGCCUCUGUGAAAGAUUGCUUAGAACAUCCAUGGUUUAUGUUUAAAAAGUUUAAGAAGAAGAUUCGAACAGAUCGUCUGAAAGCAUUUACAGCUCGCAGAAAGUGGAAGAAAACCAUUACGGCUGUUAGAAGUACGAAUUUCUUGACUCGAUUACUUACCGGUAUAAAAGCUGCGCAUGCUGCUGAAAAUUUGGCUAAAGAAGGUAAAUCAGACGAAAAAAAGCCGGCGUUGGCUUCUAGUAAUACUGGGCCUGCUUGGAAGAAAGCCGAAGAUGUAGAAGAUGAAGAAAGCUUGGCUCCUGAAUUUAAAGAGAAACUUGUUGAUUUGAAAGUAAAGAAAGGGGAUGUCGCACACUUCCAAGCAAAAUUUGUGAAGCAAGAAGAUGCAGUACCUAUUGUAAGCUGGAAGAAAGAGGGAAAAGAGAUCGUGGAAAACAAACGAGUACAUAGUUCUGUUAUGGACAAUGUUAUUCAUUUUAAAAUCUUGAAUGGUUCAGUCGCAGAUACUGGUAGAUAUACUGUCAGGUUGGAAAAUCAACAUGGUUCUACGGAAUGCUCGGCUCAGCUUAUUGUAAGAGACGUUCCAGGUCCUCCCGCAGCUCCCAACGUUCCACAAGUCCUCUCAACCUCCGCCCUCGUCCAAUGGCGACCAGGUUUUGACGGCAACUCGCCGAUUACAUCAUACACGUUACAGUAUCGUAAACUCGGUGAUAAAGAAUGGUCUGUUUUUGCGGCUGAAAUUAAAGAAGUGGUGACCGUAGUUGAAGAUUUAGAACCAUCAAGUUCAUACAGGUUCCGUUUAUGUGCUAAUAAUGACGUAGGGAGCGGAGAAAUGAGCGAGCCUACGUCACUUAUUGAAACUCCAGAGAAAAAUGAAAAAGAUAAGCGAGACAGCAUCAAUGCACCGGGUGCAAGGCGUGUGUCUCGAUCAUCAUCUAUCAGAGUUGUUCAUACAGAAGUAAAACCGAAACAGAAAGUGCUUGAUGUGCGCUUGAAAGAAGAAAACCCUGAAAAUUAUUAUAACCUAAAAGAAGAAAUAGGAAGAGGGAAAUUUGCGGUGGUCAAGAAAUGUGCAAGCAAGGCAACAGGUGACACGUUUGCAGCGAAAAUGGUUAAAUACGAUGAAGACACGAUCGACGUGACGAAAAAGGAGUACGAAAUAUGGAAAGAACUUUCUCACGAAAACCUGAUCACGCUACAUGAUGCAUUCCUCGUUCGGAAAUAUCUGUUUUUGGUGUGCGAUCUAGUGAACGGUCAGCCCAUAUUAAACCAUCUCGCCAAUUUAUCCGAACCAACAGAAAACGAUGUCACAAACUGUUUGAAGCAGUUGCUAACCGCUUUGGAUUACUUGCAUCAAGCGGACAUCUGUCAUCUCGAUGUCAAGCCCGGAAACAUUAUAAUGCGAGGACCAUCACUAAAAUUAAUCGAUUAUGGUUCAUCUCGUCGGGUUGUAACAAAAGGAGGCGACGUCGGAGAAAUGGUCGGAACUGCAGAGUUUAUGGCUCCUGAAACAAUAAAUUUUGAGCCAGUAACUGGUAAAACAGAUAUUUGGAGUGUUGGUGUCGUGACGUAUGCAUUACUGAGUGGAAUAUCACCAUUCGCUACGGAUGAUGAAGAUGAAACCAUGGCUUGUAUCACUGCACUUGAUUACAGAUUUGAAGCCGCGGCAUUUGCGUCUGUAACAGAAGAAGCAAAAACUUUUAUUAAAAGUCUCAUCAUACGUGUACCAGAAAAACGACCGACAGCCGAUAUAUGCUUAGAAGACCCAUGGCUGUCAGAUGCCUGUGAGGACGCUAGAUUAGCUUCCCAUAUAAACCCGGACGCUUUAAAUGAGUUAGCGGAAGCUCUUGACGAGCAAGACGAACUAGAAAGUGUACACGCAUCCUUAGUACUUCGAACUUUCCUUCAGUCGCCGUACGACUCUCCAGAAUCGGAGAGUGAAGAAGAAGAGGAAGAAGAUGAGGCAUAGGUUCAUUUUAUACCCUGUACAAUACCAUGUUAAGAUGCAAGAUGUCCGGCAAUGCCGUACGUGUAGACCCGUACGUUAGUAUUGUAUAUUUUGCUGUACAAGAGACAUCGAAAGACGUUUUUCAAAAGUGUUUUACACGAAUGUGUAAGAUAAAAACAGACAUAUUUUGUAAAUAUAUUUUUGUAGAAUUUUAUAUAGUUUUGUAAUUGUUUGAAAUAAUAUUAGUUGGUACAAGAAACGUUCCUUUUAAAGGAUUGUUUUCUUGAUUGUAUGAUUGUGUCACUAAUGAUUUUUUGUACCCUUUUAUUUUGUAAUAUAUAUAUAUUUUUGUAAGUAAAUAAUUAUUGUAACUUUUUUUAUUUGCUAAAAUAUACAUAAAAAAAAAUUUUAUAUGUAAUUUAAUUGUACUAGGACUAGUCUGCCAGUGGGGGUCAACCUUGCAUAUCAGGUGCACAAAUUCUUACAUAUACGCCUAUAUUUUUACAUCUUCUAGUAUACUUUAAGUUUCAAACAUGUAAUUUUUGAUCGUUGUUAUUUUGCAGACCAGAAUAAAAAUGGA